GGCCCCGCCGCCCUCCCUCACGGGGAGCCCCCACAGGGAGCAGUGCGCAUGCUCGGGAGCUGCGCAGGCGCCCUGAGGGGCCGCCGGGCGGCGCGUAAUGGCGGCGGGCUGAGCUGGGUGCCGGGCUGAGUGCUGGGAGCCGGGGCGAUGAGCGCCGUGCCCGGGCUGCAGGAGGACUGCGAGGCGCUGCUCGGCGCCUUCCAGGAGGCCGACACCGUGCGCUUCGAGCGCUUCGCUGAGCUGUGGCGGGAGCGCCGCUUCCACACCAUCUUCCAUGGUAGAAUGAGAGCUCUGGAGAGGAAUAAGAUCACAAAGAAGACCUUAGAGCUGGCCCAGCAGUACUUCUUGCCGCCGUAUGCCUUCCAGAUCAGAGUCGGUGCUCUGUACCUUCUGUAUGGGCUCUACAACACGCAGCUCUGCCAGCCGAAAAUAAAGAUCAGAAUUGCACUCAAGGAUUGGCCUGAAGUCCAGAGCUUUCAACAGGAUCUGAUAAAUUCCCAGCAUUAUGAUGCAGCAUACAUCUUUAGGACACUGCGUUGUGCCAGAGCAUUCCAUUUCACAGCAAUGCCAAAGCUGCUAAACUACAGAACUAAGAAGAAGAUUCAGGAGAAUGAAUGUAAAGAAGAAUUUAAGGACCCAAGUAACAGAGUAAGCAGCCUCAUCACGAAUGAUGCUCUGGAGGAACUGAUGAAUAUUCAUGAGCACUAUCAGAAAAUGAAAUGUGCCAUAUCAGCUGACAAAUCCCAGCCAGACAAGGCCCUGAGCUUGAUAAAAGAUGAAUUUGUAGUUUCUCUUAAAGACAUAGCUUUGGAGCAUCAGGAAUGGCAGCAAAAUAGAUUGAAAUUGUUACUAAAAGCUAAAGAAGCUGAUGAAAUGCCAAACAGAAUGGAAGAAGGAACUUCACUAAAAUCAGAAGGUUCUGAAAGAGCAGAUGCUUUGGCUAGAAUCAAACGCAAGUCUUAUUCUGCAGUUGUUGAGGCCUCCAAAUCCAGAAGACAUCGUCAAGUAAUAUUAGAGUCUUCUGAAUCAGGAUCGGAUUAUGGGAAAUCUCCAAGACGAAGUAAAAAAAACAGUGGGAGACCACAGCCAGCAGAGAAAAGAGGUUCUCUGGAAAUAAGAGGUGAGAUGCAAGCAGUAAAGGAAGCUGUUACUCGCCAUAUUGGGAUGCCUGUAAUCACAGAAGAAGACAGCUCAGAUACAGAAGAAUUACCUCUCUCCAAGAGGAGAAGACGACGCUAGGAUCCUGUUGGAGAACAUUAAUGUGAAUUGUAAUGACAAAAUGUAAAUGUCAGAUGUAACACAGAGUGCUUGUUUGGAUUCCUUUGGAUGUACAACAGGAAUUGGCUGGGAGCAGAGCUACAGGUGACACUGAAAUAUUGGUAGUGACUGGUGUACUUUAGCAGUCUCACGGUACGGCACCUCGUGCCUUUAUUCACCUAGCUAAUGAUUCCUGUGAGAGAAGAAGUUGCUAUGCACUGCUUGAGAUGGGAAGAGAGAGAAGAUGGAUACUUCUUGUAUUUAGUUUGUAUAAUGAGAGUAAUCACUUGGAACUCAUGUUGACUUGCAGUGACUUCUUAGCUGACACUCUUGAAAGAACAGCUCACAAAAUACUUGCCUGUAUACAAGAUGUUUGGAACAUUUUAUCAUCUGUGAACGUAAAACUUAGUGACUGUUUAAAAUUUGUACAAUAAAUUAUUUCUCACGGUUUA